CUGGUGCGGAUUUGGCAAACCUUGGCUCUCCCCGUGUCACAGGAGUAUGAGCCCACCAUCUUCUACCCCAAGCGCUCCCAGCACAGCCUGUACCAGGACUUCACCAUGCAGUGCGAGAAGAUGGACAUCCCCUUCCUGUCCUACCUGCCCACGGAGGUGCAGCUGAUAAACGAUGCCUACAACCUGGUGAUCGAUGCUAUUCUGGGCCUGGAUGCAGACCACCUGGACUCCAAGGAGCCCUACUCCAGCAUCCUGGUGACCCUGAAGCAAGUCAAGAUCCCCAUCGCCAGCGUCGACGUACCCUCAGGCUGGGAUCCAGAGGAGGCCAGGACAGACGGAAUAAAUCCAGAGGUUCUCGUCUCCCUGACGGCACCAAAGAAAUGCGCCGCGAGCUUCUCCGGGAAGCACUUUCUUGCAGGGCGGUUCCUGCCGUACGACAUCCAGAAAAAAUACGAGCUCAAUCUGCCCGAGUUCCCAGGGACGGACUGCAUGAUUGAGCUGUAACGCACACAGCCGCCAGGUGGAACUGAGCCUGUCUUUACAAUAAAUGAAAACGAUACAUAUAUGCAUUUUGUAUUUUCUAGGUUGUACUGUAUUACAUUGUCGGGCAAACCCUGCCUUUCCAAUCGGCUAAGACUAGAAUAAUAUUAUGAUGAGAAUAUUCAAAUUUACCGGUGGUCCACAAGUUGCAAGAAGCACAAAGUGGUAACAUUAUAUCCCAAACCCCGGACAAAACCGGCACCCUGGUACCCUCACAAGAUGACGUAUCUGAACACGGCAGUAGCAUUCUCCUCCCCAGUGGUGCGUGGGAAGGUUUUGAAACCGUCACAACAGAGCUUUGCGCCGUGCUGGGGGUCACUUCUCUGCUAUGUUCAGGUGCAGUCGCGUUCAGAAUUUCGUGCUGCUGCAGACGGAGGCGCGGGGCUGGGCUUUCUCCACCCGCAACAGCGACCUGGAGAAGAGGAGAAGUGAUCUCAAGCAGUAACCAUGCAUUUCUUCGCUGACUUACUGAGCACCAAUCUUUUACAUUGAACGAAAUACAAAGACGAGUAUCUGGAUUAUUUGCCCCACUGUUUCAUCAGCCCUGUCGUGGAUUCGUUUGGCUUGAGCGACUGAGCCCUUGUGCGUGUGUCGGCGUCCUCUGUUGUCAGUCUGGUGUAAUGGACAGGAUAUUCACACAAUGUCAGGAUCGCGUGAAAAACUGGGGAAGGCUAAUUUUAAAUAUGGCUAAGGAAGGGUCGUCUUUGUUUUCCUU